GCCAGCCUGCAGGGCGGCGUUCCGGCCUCCGAAACGCCGCCUUCUCCUCUUCCUCCUCCUCCUGUUUGCACGGAAGGCAAGCGCGCCUUUCUCGGCGGCCCCCCCCCCCCGCCACCUCUCCAGCGAUGCCGCCCCGCAGUCGCCUCCGGCCAGCCUGAGCGCCUUGGCUCGGCUCGGGGCUCCUGCAAGGGGGCUGCGGCUGGGCGCGAGGAGGAGGAAGAGGAGGCGAAGAAGGAGAGGAAGGCUGCACGAUGCGGAAAAAACCCCGGUGACCCCGGCCUGGGGCCGAGCGGAGGCUUGGGGCUUGGCUGGGGUAGCGGAGAGACCCUGGCAGCUGCGGAUCUCUUCGCCCAGGCUGGGGCAGGCGUCGCCCGCCAGGCCCGCAGCGCUGCGCUGCCCCUGCGCGCCCCUCGGCUCUCCUCGCCGCUGCGGCACUUCCACCAUGCUGCGCCGCCAGCUGAACCGCUUCUUCGCUGGGGAAGAAAAGCGAGUUGGGACUCGGACUAUAGUGGUUGGCCACCACUUGGUUCCUCAUAUUGAAGCUUAUGUGCCCCAAAAGUUCUGCUCCAAUCAAAUUGUCUCCUCCAAGUAUACAGUCUGGAAUUUUGUUCCCAAGAAUCUGUUUGAACAGUUCCGAAGAAUUGCCAAUUUCUACUUUCUUGUCAUCUUCCUCGUCCAGGUGAUAGUGGACACACCAACCAGCCCAGUGACCAGUGGCCUUCCUCUCUUCUUUGUGAUUACGAUUACAGCUUUUAAGCAGGGAUAUGAGGACUGGCUGCGUCACCGAGCGGACAAGGAAGUCAACAAAACUCCAGUCUUUGUGAUUGAAAACGGGGAAAGCGUGAAGAAGGAGUGUGAAAAGAUCAAGGUUGGAGACAUCGUAGAAGUGGCAGCCGAUGACACCUUUCCGUGUGAUCUCAUUUUACUGGCCUCAAGUAACAAGGAAGGGACCUGCUACGUCACGACUGCCAGUCUAGAUGGAGAGUCCAAUCACAAGACUCACUACGCGGUGAAUGAUACGGCCAAGAUGAAUACAGUGGACGCCAUGAACCGUUUGGUGGCCACCAUUGAAUGUGAACAGCCUCAGCCAGAUCUGUACAGGUUUGUGGGCAGAAUUAACAUCUACACUGAUGAACCAGAGCCAUUAGCCAGGCCGUUGGGUCCCGAGAACCUUUUGCUGAAAGGAGCAAAAUUGAAAAACACCCCAAAGGUUUACGGAGUCGCUGUAUAUACUGGGAUGGAAACCAAGAUGGCGUUGAACUACCAAGGGAAGUCUCAGAAACGCUCUGCGGUUGAAAAGUCAAUCAAUAUCUUCCUGUUGUUCUACUUAUGCCUGCUGGUGGGCAAAGCUAUCAUAUGCACUACUUUGAAAUAUGUCUGGCAGAGUGUCCCGUAUCACGACGAACCCUGGUACAACCUCAAAACCCAAAGAGAGAGAGAAACUUUCAAGCUGCUGAAGAUGUUCACCGAUUUCCUGUCCUUCAUGGUCCUCUUCAACUUCAUUAUCCCGGUCUCCAUGUAUGUGACCGUCGAGAUGCAGAAAUUUCUAGGCUCCUUCUUCAUUGCCUGGGACAAAGAGCUGUACGAUGAAAAUAUCGGCGAAGGCGCGUUGGUGAACACCUCUGACCUCAACGAAGAACUUGGACAGGUUGAAUAUGUGUUUUCGGAUAAAACGGGGACUUUAACGGAAAACACCAUGGAAUUCAUUGAGUGCAGCAUUGACGGCUACCGAUACUGCGGCUCUUUUUCAGAGGUGGAUGGAAGGAAGUCCACAGGAAAAGCAGACAAGAAACAAGAAGAACUUUUCCUUCGAGCGUUGUGUCUCUGCCAUACGGUUCAGGUCCAGCAAAAAGACGAAAUCGAUGCGCUGACACUGCAGCGCCAGAAGUCCCAGAUCUACGUGGCAGCUUCUCCGGAUGAAGUGGCUUUGCUCCAGGGGGCUCAGAAGUAUGGUUUCACUUUUCUAGGACAAGAAAAUAACUUCAUGAUGGUACAGAAUUCCCAAAAACAAAUUGAGAGAUACGAACUUCUGAAUGUCCUUGAUUUUGACUGCGUCCGUCGCCGGAUGAGCGUUAUUGUGAAGAUGCCGGAUGGAAGAAUAUACCUGUUUUGCAAAGGAGCGGAUUCUUCUAUUUUCCCAAGGGUCCCUGAGGCUGAGUCACAAAAGACAAAAGCCCAUGUGGAACAGAAUGCAGUAGAUGGAUAUCGGACCCUCUGCGUGGCCUACAAAGAAAUCCCCGCCGCAGUCUACAAGGUUCUACAGAGCCAGAUUCAGGAAGCCACCGUGGCCCUGCACAACCGGGAAGCCAGGAUGGCCAAGGUCUUUGAUGAUAUUGAGAAGGACAUGCAUCUGAUUGGCUCCACUGCUGUAGAAGACAAACUCCAGGAUUUUGCAGCUGAAACCAUUGAAGCCCUCCAUGCUGCAGGCAUGAAGAUCUGGGUGCUGACGGGGGACAAGCUGGAGACAGCUCAGGCCACCUGCUACGCGAGUCGCCUCUUCCAGACCAAUACGGAACUGUUGCUACUGACAGCCAAAACGGUGGAGGAAGGCGACAGAAAAAUGGAGCAGCUUCAUGAACUGCUGAUAGAGUACCACAAAAAGUUGGUGAUCGAUGCACCCCAAGGGAAGAAAGCCUUGGUAUCCGGUUACGACUAUGGACUGGUGAUUGACGGGGCGACCCUUUCCCUGAUCCUGAACCCUUCACAGGAUCCCAACUUUUCCCAUUACAAGAGCAUCUUCCUCCAGAUCUGCCUGAAGUGCACCGCUGUCUUGUGCUGCCGGAUGGCCCCGUUGCAAAAGGCUCAGAUCGUCCGCAUGGUGAAGAAUUCCAAAGGCAGUCCCAUCACGCUGUCUGUUGGAGAUGGCGCCAAUGAUGUCAGCAUGAUUUUGGAAGCUCACGUGGGCAUCGGUAUCAAGGGAAAAGAGGGACGCCAAGCUGCCCGGAACAGCGACUAUGCCAUCCCCAAGUUUAAGCACUUGAAAAGGCUUCUCUUGGCUCACGGGCAUUUGUAUUAUGUCCGAAUAUCCCACCUUGUACAGUAUUUCUUCUAUAAGAACCUUUGCUUCAUUUUCCCACAGUUUUUAUAUCAGUUUUUCUGUGGCUUUUCACAACAGCCUCUCUACGAUGCGGCUUACCUGACCAUGUUCAACAUCUGCUUCACCUCUCUGCCAAUUGUGGCCUACAGUCUCCUGGAGCAGCAUGUCCCUAUUGAUGUAUUGAUGACUUUCCCAAAGUUGUAUCUGAAUGUUUCCGACAACGCCAUGCUCCAGUUGAAACCUUUCGUCUACUGGACCUUCCUGGGCCUUUUUGAUGGCUGCGUCUUCUUUUUCGGUGCUUAUUUCCUUUUUCAAUCUGCCUCCAUCGAGGACAACGGAAAGAUGGCCGGACUCUGGACGUUUGGGACAAUGAUUUUCACUGUCUUGGUCUUCACAGUUACACUAAAGCUGGCAUUAGACACUCGGUUCUGGACAUGGAUGAACCAUUUUGUCAUCUGGGGCUCCUUAAUUUUCUACGUCUUUUUCUCCUUCUUCUGGGGAGGCAUCAUUUGGCCUUUCUUGAAGCAACAAAGGAUGCACCAUGUUUUCGCCCAGCUGCUGUCCUUCGCCUCUUCCUGGCUGGCGAUUUUCUGCCUGAUCUUCGUCUCCCUCCUCCCUGAGGUCAUCGGCCUUGUCUUUAGGCACCUGAAAAAGAAACGCAGCGAGCCCAUCCCUUCGGAGUUACCAAUGCUGGUGUCAUACAAGCAGCUAGAGAAGGGCCAUUCCGCCGAAGUGAAACCCACAGAGACUCUCACUCACUUGGCUGGCCAACAUCUCAGGAUAUUUCAAAUGCAACAAUUUUAAUUCUGCUUUUUUUUUGGGUGGGGGUGAUGCACCCCAAAAGGAAGAUGCCAUUUAAAAAGAAAGAAAAAAGGUGCAUGGGUUUGGCUUUUUUGGACUUUUUAAAAACCGGUGCGAAAUCUGGAAGAUUUGGAGUUGAUCUCCCUCUCUCUCUCUCACCCCCAUCCUCGUCAUAAUGCCAGCCCUGAGCCCCCCCAACUGGCUGUUUGGAUCGUGAAAAAACGAGCGAGAUUUGGACUCUUGAAAGGAAGGACGCAGCAUCUUCUGCUUUGCGAUGGGUUGUCGGGCAAGGGGUGGGGGAAUGAAAAGACAAUUUCCCAGCUGUGGGCUUUCCCUUCUGAACCAGUAAAAGAGCACAGAUUUUAAUUCUCACUUUGCAAGCGUCGAGUCGGGCGAGGUCUCUCGUCUAGCCUUCCUCGCAGCCCUGCAACGAUUCCAUUCUUCUACCAACAAAUUGGGUCAUGAAAUGCUACAUCUUCUUCUCUUUUUUUCCCCUUCUCUUCUUCCUCACCAACUCAGCGGGUUUCGAUUAAGGAAAUGGGGAUGGACUUUCUCCGCAAGACACCAACGCGGAUGUAACAAAAGCCACUUCUUUUUUUAAAUACAAACACACCCCAUGGGGAAAACUCAGAAAGCUGAUGAGAUGCACCCCAAGUUCUCCUCUUUCGAAAUGCAAUCCUUCUUCUUCCCUCUGGCUUGGAAGCUUUCACACCGUCCAAAGUCAAGGCCCAUUUAAUUUCAAAAGAGUCAAAAGUGCCUGGGCUUCAACCCUCUUUCCCCCCACUGGACCAUCCUGGUUUUGUGGGACGCUGGAAGAACUUUGGCUGUAGGACACUGUGAGUGCCAGAUGUGGCCAGUGGUAGAUGGCUAAGUGGGCUUGUCAUCUUUUGCCGUGCAAAUUCUGCUCCCGUCUAAAACCUACGGGAAGUUCCAAUGGGAGGUAAGGUAUAUAUCUCCGUUGGGGCCUACUGGUUGACUACCGCCAAGCCUAAAGAAAUAUAUAUUAUUAUUAUUAUUAUUGUCUUGCAUACAAAAAGGGAAGAACAAAUACUUCAAGCAAUAUAUUCUGGAUGCGUUAGCACAUUGCUUUGCAAAGCAUCUGGGAUUCUCAAACUUCCACGUUUUGUCACCGUUUAGUAUGAAAACCAAAACAUCGACGGAGGCCAGGUUCCUAGAAGCACCCCGUUUUUCUAAGACUUUGCUCAGGAAGGAAGAAUCGGGUGAGUAGCUGGUCACCCACGUGAGACAAUAUGGGUGAUGAGAGGAGUUGUGUUAGACCGAAACAACUCUGGUUUUGCUUGGACCUCCCUGGAUUUCUCUUUUUUAUCCCCCUUAAUCUCCGUUCAUUCGUCCACCUUAAUCUUUGGAUUAGAAUGUCCGCCUGUUUCCUCUGGCCCAGUUUGGGCUGUUUUAUCAAGAACAGCACGGAAAAACUUUUUCUGCCACAUCCAGCAAGCCAUCUCUACACAUCCUUCGAAGGUGUCCUAUAAAACCUUUUGGCACAUAUAAAACAACAACAACAACAUCAAAAUUUGCAUGAACAGAGCAGCAAAGCAUGUAUCCACGGGCAAAUUGGCAGAAUCCUUUGCAGCAUGGAAAAAAGAAAACCACCCUCUUGACACCCUUGAUGGCACGUGGAAUUUCCUCCGAAGUGUUUGUGGCCACGAGAGCCAUGAUGGAGGAAGAUCUAAGUUGGAAACUCGAAGGAGGAUGGAAGCUUGGAUGUGUAGAUGCGGUUCUCCCCCUGCAAAGCAAGGCUGAGGAGAUACUCAAAAGUGUGUUGAUAGUAGGGCAUAGAGAGAGGAAAGUCUGUGUAGCUGUGAAGAACAAGGCAUGCAAUAAGGUACUACGAGUGCCUUUAACGCACGUGCUUAUUGUUGAGAGGGAGACAAAAUGGGCAAAACACACCCACCCAUUAUCACCCAAGAGCAAUCUCAUUUUAAGCGUGCCGCUGACAAAUAAGCUGCAUUUUUUUUACAACUUUGCAAAAGGCUAUCAAGCUAAGAACAACCUGUUGUCUUAUUUUUUUUUAUUUUUUGCAAAGGAAUAAUGGAGACCUGGACCUGAGUCCUUAAAAUAGCUCUUUAAAAAAAGGGGAAAAGCUUGCAGGAUGUCAGCUAACCACAUUUUUUCCCCCAACUUAAAAAAAGAAAAAAAAAACCCUUAGUCUUGAUGUUUACAUGAUUCCCCGAUAACCCAAAACCCACUCCUGCAUCCAGUUUUAAUUGGGGAACAGGAGGGAAGGGUGUGUUUUUAAAAAAAAUAAAAUAAAAAUAAAUAAAUAACGCCAACCAUAAUACUUGGGGAGUUUGAGAAUUAGUUUUUCGUUCAAAGGAAACCAGGAGAAUAGCUCAUUCUGUUUCCAUUGUGGUGGUCUCCCUAUCCAAAUAGAGCUGUGUUAAAAAUAAGAGGCAUUUUUCCUCUUUUUUUUUGCCAUGUGACAAAAAUAUAUAUGCAAUUCUAUAGUUUUUAAAACCACCACCUCUGCAUAAGAACCUGCCCAUCUCUUCUGGUCCUUCUAGAAUUUUGAUGUUCACUGCUAAAAGGAACAGCACGGCAAAAAUAAUAAUCAUUCCGCCCCCCCCCCCAUUUUUUUUUUAACAAAAUAGGAUAGCCAGUUUCAAUCAAAGCUUGCAAUUCAUCCAGUUAACAAAUCAUGGUUAAUAUUGGGUGGUGUCAUGGGGUGAAGAUGCUCCUUCUGAACCUGGCACAAUCGGGGGACAAUUCUGUCCCCUCCAGUUUGGAUUGCACUGACCUUUCGGCCCCGACUUCAAUAAUGAAGCUUGCUUUGGGUGCGAAUCCCGCUCUUCUAUGCCGGUUGGCCGGUUAACUGAAGAUUGUAUAUCUUGGUGAGCUAAAAUAACCAUAAAUUCAGUGCCUCUCUAGGCUCAAGAGACUAGUUCUCAGUUUGAUAGUAUUCAUCCGACAAAACCAGCAAUGGAUCUUUGCAAACUAGAAAGCAGAAGGAAGAAUUGUAUAAAUAUACAUAUAUGUGUAUAUAUGUAUAUAAGAAAGAGGAUGUGUAAAUAUGGAACAGUGAGAUGGGGUGUAAACAUUCUAUAAAGAUUUUAAGGUGCAUUUUUUCAGCUUGCCAAAAAGAAAAAAACCCCGAACCUCGGACUAUGUUAAUCACUACAACUGUGAUUUUGUAUCUUCAUGUUGCUUUAUACAAUAAUCGUGGAAUGUUAAAUUUUAUGAAUGCAAUCGGCUCUUUUUUCAUUACGAUUUUUUUUUCCAGUUUUCUUUUGAAAUGAUCAAUAAACUUUGGUAUGUUCUGAU